GUGGUAACUAGUGACGACUCAUUCUCUUCUAAUGUCAGUCAGAGAAUGAUUUUCUCUGCUCCGAAAUCUGCAGAAUAGAAAGCGUAUGUUGUCGGUCAGCCUGGAAGAAAAUUCAACGAGCCUACCUUGUCAUGAGUGUUUUCUGUCGCUUACUCUCGAGAGGACUUCUCUGCGGACGGGCAACAUGUCGGUUUGUAACCGGACAGCAGGAUUUCAGCGGUGGAGUGCUGCGGAUGACUCGGGCGGUUGGCUCGACCAGCCCUGUGAACCUAACCUAUGACGUGUUUGACGGGACAGGGGACGGCACCCCCCUGGUGUUCCUCCAUGGGCUGUUUGGCAGCAAGUCCAACUUCCACUCUAUAGCCAAGUCCCUGGUGCAGAGGACAGGCCGAAAGGUGCUGACGGUCGACGCCCGUAACCACGGUACCAGCACACACAGCACCGAUCUGACCUAUGAGGCGAUGACCAAUGACUUGACGCACUUGCUCGCCCAGCUGCACAUCGGGAAGUGCGUCCUGAUUGGCCACAGCAUGGGGGGCAAGGUCGCCAUGACUACAGCCCUGUCGCAGCCUGGCCUGGUGGAGAGGUUGGUGGUGGUGGACAUCAGUCCAGCCCAGACCACCACCCGUACCAACUUCCACUCCUACAUCCAGGCCAUGAAGGAUGUGAAGAUCUCUAGCGACAUCCCUCGCUCGACCGCCCGCCGCAUGGCCGAGGACCAGCUACGCAAACUGGUCAAGGAGCGCUCAGUGCGCCAGUUCCUGCUGACCAACCUGGUGGAGCAGAACGGACACUACGCCUGGAGAGUCAAUCUGGACGCCAUUGCCGCACACCUUGAUGACAUCAUGAGCUUCCCUACCUUCGAAACCACAUACGAGGGCCCCACCCUCUUCCUGGGCGGAGCCAGUUCUGCCUACAUCAGUUCUGAGGACUAUCCAGAGAUCCAGCGGUUGUUCCCAUGUGCAGACAUCCAGUACAUCCCAGACGCCAGCCACUGGAUCCACGCAGACAAACCCCUGGACUUCAUCAGCUCCAUCAGCUCCUUCCUGCAGCCCUAACCUACCCUCUCCACCCACCACCACCUAAUUACAAAUCCUACCCUGCUCCAACCCUGUUCACCCACCUAAUUACAAAUCCUACCCUGCUCCAACCCUGUUCACCCACCUAAUUACAAAUCCUACCCUGCUCCAACCCUCUCCAUCCACCACCACCUAAUUACUAAUCCUACCCUGCUCCAACCCUGUUCACCCACCUAAUUACUAAUCCUAGCCUGCUCCAACCCUCUCCACCCACCACCAGCUAAUUACUAAUCCUACCCUUCUCCAACCCUCUCCACCACCUACUUACUAAUCCUAUCCUGCUCCAACCCUCUCCACCCACCACCACCUAAUGACUACUCCUACCCUGCUUACAACCCUCUCCACCCUCCACCACCUAAUUACUAAUCCUACCCUGCUACAACCCUGUCCACCCACCUAAUUACUAAUCCUACCCUGCUCCAACCCUCCACCACCUAAUUACAGGACAACCGCUGGCCUUUAACAUUAUUCACACUAAUACGGCACAGCACAAAGCCACUGUUAUCCAAUGGCGGAAAAGAACACGCUCCAAAGGGCAUGCUGUGUUGCGAAGGCUCUGUGGGUGUUGGUCACUGCUGUUGCCUGCACUCGUCAAAGUUCAAAUAAUUGUUUGACCUUUCAAACGUAUGUGCGUGGUGUUCUCGCUCUGAGCAAAACGCCUUGUGCGAAUAAUGUGAAAGGCCUGUUAGGCUCUGCCCACUCACACUGGGGUCCACCUCUUAAAACAGCCAGUAGGUAGAGCUUCAAACCAGAGGAGGCACAGCCAUCUUAGUAGACAAUGCUAAUAUUGCUAACCCUGGACCAAACUCACUCUUUCUUUCCAUGCUGUUUAUCUUGCGCUUAAAGGAGCUGUAUGGAAUGGAAUGUAUGGAAAAUGACCUUAAUUUAUCUAUAGUAAUAGUGGAAUGACAGAGUUUCAUCAUAUUUUGUUCCCCAAAAAAGGUUAUUGGUCUCACAAAAAAUUGCAUUCUAAUGGUGCAGCCUUCUUAUUGGUCAAUAAGACAGACCAUCUCUUGUGAAUUUGACAACGAGUUACAUAUAGCUCCUUUAACCGCCAUAUUGUAAUCAAGGAUUUGUGUAAAUCCUGUAUUACCGUACUUAAUAGAGAUGUAAAUAUUAAGAAAAGUAGAUAGUUGGGUAGUAAGAGGUUGAGAUUAUAUUUAAAGUAGAUAGAUUGACAGUUUGUUUUUAAAUGAGGGAGUGUUUUUAGGUAUGAGUUACUAAUCCAAAGAUCCUCUCGUCAUUGUUGCACAGUACCAUUCUACUCUAAUCAGGUUGAUGUAAAUCAGCAUUGAAGAAAGGCUUUGAGCCAUGUCUUAUAUAGUCUAGUCUGGACAUGUUCUGUAUGUAUGUGGCUACGUCUCAAAUGGCACCCUGUAUCCCAUAUAGUGCACUAGUUUAAAGAUACACUAUUCGGAAACUGCUGUGCCAUUUCCUGGUUGCAAAAAUUCUAAUAGCUUGCCUAAUGUCAGUUUGUAACAAACCGGAAAGUAUAGUGUGGAGAAUCAUUGUACCAUCUAAACUUCUGUGAAAUAAUCCAUAACCUAAAAUAUUAUAUUUUUUAGCUGUUUGAAACUGGUGUUCAAAUCUGAAAGUAAAAGAUGCAAAAAAAGUAACUUAAGCACGGGGAGCAUAGAAAUAGCGCACAUAGAACAGAUCUACCACUUCUUAGACUUGCUUUCAAUGAGAGUGACAGAUCUAUAACUUUAAUGUUUAUGUGAAUUUGGUCAGAUCGCCCAAAAAUGUACAUAUUGCAGCUUUAAAAGCAGUGCACUAUGUAGGGAAUAGGGUGUCAUAACAGCCUUAAUAUAGUGCACUAUGUAGGGAAUAGGGUGUCAUAACAGCCUUAAUAUAGUGCACUAUGUAGUCCAGGGAUGUCAAACUCAUUCCACUGAGUGCCUAGUGUCUGCAGGUUAAGACCUAGACAACCAGGUGAGUUCCUUACUAAUUAAUGACCUUAAUUCCUCAAUCAAGUACAAGGGAGGAGUGGCCCUCCGUGGAACGAGUUUGACACGUGUGACGUAGUGCAACAAGGAAAUAGGGUGUCUAAUUUGAGACAAUGCCUGAGAGACAUCGCGAUUCUAACCCUACAGUAUGGGGAAUAUGGCAUGAUCUCUAAAGCAGCCAGACUGUGUCUCUGGGAUGGGUAGUCUAGAGGGGUGAUUCAGCAGGGAGCUUGGCAGAACAGGAGGGUCGACGAUAUAGAAAUAUAAUCUCGUUCUGUUGUUGGAACCCUGGUUGAUAAUGCUGGCCGAGAAGUGAAGCCUGGCCUAAAGACGAGCCAAGCGGAGAGAAUGUAAAGCACAGCUAAAGCAUUAUUUACAAAGCAUCUCGGAGUAGGAGUACUGAUCUAGGAUCAGUGUGCCCCUGUUUUUGCCUGAUGUUCGCUACAUACUUCAGUCUGACUGCCAUCAUUAACCAGGCAUGCUUCCAUCCAACCUUUUUUUUUGAAUGCGAUUUAUAGUACGUGUCGGAUUUUAAAAAAUGCCACGAUAGCCUUGAUGGAAAAAGCUAAUUGGUCAGUGAACUUUCCAAAUGUCUAGCUUAUUUUGUUUAGUCUACAAGGUGGGAUCUUUUUGUCGUAAAAUGUAUUAUGCGAGAACUGGGGGUCCUUCCAUUACGACUCGGGAAAGCAUGCAGUUUAUUAGGCUUCAUAUGAAAUAAGUUAUGAGGAACUUCACAUGGUGGUGAAAGUGCAAGGGGAUUAGCUUGAUGCUGCUUUCCAAUAAAUAUUUAGGGUCUUAUUCUCGUGACACGCUGAUCGAUGUUUGGCUGCCAUUUGACAAAUAAAAAUGAUCUUUCUCUUUAGUCCAUGAUCAUUUAAUCAUUCAGAACAGGUUGAUCUUCAAGGCAUUCCUCGUCGAUCACCAAACAUUUCUAAGGAAAAUCCAACGUUAAAGGCUGUGAUAAAGGCUUGCGCUCCUUUUAAAUUCAUGUUGGCAAGAGGUGCGCUUGAUUUGAGAAGCCCUGCGCACCGGGUAAGCAAAGUUCCCAUUUUGAACCAUUUCAGUUGUCUAAAAAGUUGAACUGGGGGAUCUGUGGCUAAAUCGAGUGCGCCUACUUGGGCGGCCAAUCUGAUAUAUCAAAUCACAAUGCCUAAAGAGCUUCCACGACCCCAGGCCAUAGCAAAGUUUGAUACUAGCCCAACUUUGAUGUAAUAACUUGUAAAACCAUAACCACAGAGAGACUCAAAGAAUACAGCAAAGAGCUGCUCUUUUUUAGGAGCGAGUUCAUGUUAAAAAUAUGUAUUCAACACUAUGCUCCGCUCUGCCUUGCAAGUGCUACACCAACUGAUCUAUUUUGUAAUCAAAUCUCAAGGUUUUAAAUAUUGCCUGGUCAGGCAUAUAGCCAAUAUGCUGUGUUAAUAUAUUAGGCCUACUGCACAAACCUCAUUCUUACAGGACUGCUUUUAUUGGGUUAAUGUUCCAUUUUCUUAAGUCAUGCUUAAAGAAUAAUAAUCCUGAGCGGUAUCUCGUGUUGCAUUUUGACUGCGAAAGUGAUCUUGACUCAAAGGUUGGUGACCACUGAUCUGAGCUGUUGACUAAAGUGCACAAGCCAAUACCAGAGUGGCCACAUUCGCUAUAUAACGCAACAUUUUUUUGUGACAAAAGCAUCAGUAGGCCUGGAGUUGAAAGUGCCAUGGAAACCCAUUUAACCUUUUUAUUGGGCAUAUGUGAAUCCGCUAAAGGUAUUUUAUGUGCACUACGUCAUCACGCACGGCCUUUUAUCCACAACAAGUCCAUUUGAUGGAAACUCAUCUCUGCAGAUUUUUAAAAUAUUCACAUGAAAAUCUGUCUCCAAUUGAAUGGAAACCUAGCUAUUGAAGUCGUUUGCGGUGAUGUCAGAGGGGUGUUGUACAAAACAAUGUAAACAGAGAUUGGCUCAUCUCUUAACUAAUCAAACCUCUGCUUUAACAAUGUGUGUGUGUUCUGGCUCUGGCCCAACCCAUCUUUUUCUGGGACCAAUCAGAACGGUUAGAAUGGUUUUCUGUUCUAGAAAUCGUUGUGGAAGUACUCAAAUUUAGACUCAUUGCGAUGAAGCAAUUAACACCCGUGGGUGUGGUGUAGCACUUGGCUGGAGCAAGGUGCUUGGGUAGCCAGGCAACCGGGGGGGAAGAGUGUAUGUGUGUAUAUAUAUAUAUCAGCACUCCUAAUCCUACAAUGCUUUAUGAAUACGGGCCCUAAUUGUUUUAUAUUAGAAGUCUGGACUAAAGACAGGACCUCUCAAGCAGAGGGAAUGUAAAGUACAACUGCAGCGCUGAACCAUAGAUUAGGGUGCUGAUCUAGGAUCAGUUUUUCCUUUUUAGAUCAUAGUGAAUAACGUAUGAACAAAGGGUGAACCUGAUCCUAGAUGAGCACUCAUGAAUAAGUGCUCUGGUUCUGUCUGAACUGACAUGUGGAUUUAGCACCUGAUGUCAGUGAAGGAACAUCUACGGCUCCCCAGAGAGAUCAAGGCUGUUGUGUUGCUGUGUGCAAUCGCUUUUAUACAUGGUGUGUUUUGUGUGCGGUAUGUUACUAAGCCUGUGGGAAUUAGCCAGAAAGGAGAACAAAGUUGUAAAAUGAUUGUUACCGAAUGGAAUAAGACAUUAAGUGAAAGCACACAGUGUAGCCUAGUGUUAAAGCAGUUUUUUGUUUUUUUGGUAUCUUAUCCUCAGCUGGGGAAAAAAGGUGUUGCAAUUGAUGCAAACGCUUAGUAAAUCUGACCCGUAGUCUUUGGAAUUAAUUUCAGUAUUUUUUUUGUCGUACUACUAGAUUACAUGUAUUGUAACACGUUUGACCUUUUUUAUAGUGUGAUGUCAUUCAGAUGGCUAAAUAGCUACCUUUCUAUGCCAUUUUAAGCGCUAAUAAAGCUAUAUCUUUCCAGGUACUGUAUUAUCUCCUGUAUCUCCCAGGUUAGACUCUACAGCAGAGGGGGUCCUACUCUGGUCCUGGGGAAUCUACUGGACCUGCAGGGUUUUGUUCCAGCCCUACACUAACACACUCUGGAGAUCCCUAGGACGGUGGGUCCUGACUCUCAACACGAACACCUUAUUCAACUAAUCAAGUUCCAGACAGAAGACCAUGAAUAGUUGAUUACUUGAAACUGGUGUGUUUAGUGCAGGGUUAGAACAAAAGCCUUCACUCUCUCGGACUGGAGUUGGAAAACCCAAUGCUCUACACUACACUGGGUAAUAUUCUCUACUCUUCUGUGUUGUAAGUGGGCAUUUUGUAAAAAAUUAACUGUGUACUCUGUUUGUGAUAAUCUACUAGCGUCUGUUUCAAUGGUCAUUUAUUCAAGUAUAUGAAUCACUUUGACUCUGUAGACGAAGGCUGCAUUUACACAGGCAGCCCAAUUCUGAUAUGUCAUUUGACCAAUCAGAUGUUUCGCAAAUAAUUGGGCAAAAGAUCAGAAUUGGCCUGCCAUGUUUUAGUGUUCAUGUGUAUGUCAGAUAUGCUGCAAAAAUCUAACUCAUAUUGUCCUUAAUCUUAUCAGAUUUCCUCUACUGUGGUCGGGUUUGUUCUUCAGUGAAAUGUUUUGGUGCUUGUGUGUCUGGGGAAAAGUACAAUCAGUGAUACUGCAGCUCAGUCUCUGUGUGUUUGUGCCUCUGAGGCUUUUUUUUUGUUUUCGUCUCUUUUUCAUCUCUGUCAAAUUUGUAACAAGUUUUCCGCAGUUAUCCAGCAGCUCUGAGACUGCUCUCCGUGUUGCCAGUUAUAUUUUAUCACAGUAACUCAUAGCCCCAAAAGGGUCCUAGUGUGUUUAUAAUUUUUGUAGUUGAAAGUAUUUUGAUCAGUUGAAAGUUAAACAAAAAGUGUACUCCAUUGGAUGCCAGGUUUAAAUAACUAAAUAUAUCAGAAUGGUUCGUGUUUAACUAGCUUACCCUUGUUUGAACUAAAAUAGUUGUAAUUCAGUAGCUAGGCAAUCUCCUACCAAUCAUACUCAGACCCUAGGGUUCAUAUUGGCUUUCUGUUGGUCAAGAAUGUGUCUAGGGGAAAGAUUUACAGAUAUUGAACCUGGGUUGAUGGGGUUUGCACUUUUGGGACUAUUCCAUUAACACUGUACAAGCUCAAUCAAGCGCACACCUAAAGUAUUUGAAAUAAAACCAAUACUAAUUGAACCAAUUUAACCCAGGUAUGAGGUGAAAUUUUUAAUUUAUUUAUGUUCAUGUUGAAAUUGACAAACUGUAAUUUAGUCUAUUUUACUAUGAGCAUGCCUUUUCAUCCUCUCGUUCAGUUGUCGAUAGGCCUAUGCAUUUUAACUUUGCCACAGUAACGUUCAUUCAAUGUCAAAUGUUAUGUAGUUGUGAGAUACAUUGGGUGAAUAAUUGAGAAAUAUUUAAUGAUGUAUUACUGAUGUAUAUUAAAAUUGAAGGGGGAAAAAAACUGUUUAUCCCUCAUUUUUAGCUGUGUACUUGUAUCCUCGACUAGAAUAAACAGCACGCUGAGCAUUUGGAA